AGUAUGUUAAAUUCGUCGCCUUAAAACACGGUUCCUAAGAGAAGACUUGUAAGUGAACCUUAUUUCGCGAUACUUACAAGAGAAUGACGACAGAGAGCAUUUUUCAUUUCACUCACUUGCACUUGCAUUUGUAAAGAUUGUGUCGGAUAGAUAGCUUUUCGCUAUCAAUUGAGCCUCAGUGCAUAAAAGACCCGGAAAACCGACUGCAGUUUCGGUCUGACUCUCCUAGACGCGUUGUCAUGAUUAUCAUCGUACUUCUGAUUAUUUUUGCGGUUGCUGCCGCCUUUGGAUUGGUAUUCCUUCUCCCAUUGACACUCAGCGCUGCCUGGAUACUUCUGCUGUUAAUCGCUUGGCUUUGGCAACGGCACCACUUUCGCCACUGGCGACGCCUGGCUGUUCCCUAUAUUCCGGCCACACCCUUUGUGGGCAACGUGUGGCAACUAUUGCGCGGCGCUUGUUGUUUUGGCGAUCAGUUCCGAACGCUCUACGAGAGCCCGGAGGCUGCUGGCCACGCCUAUGUGGGAAUUCACGUCCUGCACAACCAUGCUGUGCUCCUACGAGACCCAGCAUUGAUUAAGCGCAUCAUGGUGGAGGAUUUUGCCCAAUUCUCCAGCCGCUUUGAGACCACAGAUCCCGUGUGCGACACCAUGGGUUCCCAGAAUUUGUUCUUCUCCAAGCACGAGACCUGGCGAGAGACGCACAAAAUCUUUGCCCCAUUCUUUGCGGUAGGAAAGGUGCGUCAGAUGUAUGGACUUCUGGAGCGCAUUGGCCUCCAGCUCGAGGAGCACAUGGAGUUGCAACUAGCGGGAAGGGACAGUAUGGAGCUUGAGGUUAAGCAGUUGUGUGCCCUCUUCACCACGGAUAUCAUUGCCUCGUUGGCCUUCGGUCUGGAGGCUCAUAGCCUGCAAAAUCCGGAGGCUGAGUUCCGUCGCAUGUGCGUCGAGGUGAAUGAUCCGCGUCCGAAGCGCCUGCUGCAUCUCUUCACAAUGUUCUUCUUCCCCCGACUAUCCGGCCGAGUUCGCACGCAUCUCUACUCCGAGGAGUACGAACGCUUCAUGCGCAAGUCCAUGGACUUUGUCCUGGCCCAGCGCGAGGCCAGUGGCGAAAAGCGUCACGAUUUGAUAGAUAUAUUCCUCCAGCUGAAGCGUACAGAGCCACCGAAUAGCAUAGUCCAUCGUCCGGAUUUCUUUGUGGCCCAGGCAGCGUUCCUCCUGUUAGCUGGCUUCGAUACCUCGUCGUCUACCAUAACCUUUGCCCUAUACGAACUGGCCAAAAAUCCGGCGAUUCAGAGCCGAUUGCGGAAGGAACUUCAUGAGGCUCUGAAUGCCAGCAGGAAUGAGGGUCAGCAGCUGAACUGCGACAAUGUUAACGGCUUGGUUUACCUGCGACAGGUGGUGGACGAGGUCCUGAGAUUAUAUCCCCCUACAGCAUUUUUAGAUCGAUGCUGUAAUUCUAUCAAUGGCUACGACCUCUCGUCCUGGAACUCUGGCUCCAAAAUGAAAUUGCAAGCAGGAACACCAGUCUAUAUAUCAGUAUUGGGUCUUCAUCGGGAUGCGCAGUACUGGCCAAACCCGGAUCGCUUCGAUCCAGAACGCUUUGCAGCCGAGCAGCGUCAACAACAUCAUCCCAUGACAUAUCUGCCAUUUGGUGCCGGUCCAAGGGGUUGCAUUGGAACACUCUUGGGUCAAUUGGAGAUCAAGGUUGGUCUCCUGCACAUCCUGAAGAACUUCCGAGUUGAGAUCUGCGACAGAACGCUGCCCCAAAUGAGAUUCGAUCCCAAGGCGUUCGUCCUCACGGCUCAUGGCGGCACCUAUCUUCGAUUUAUAAGGGAUUGUCUGUAAAUGAUAUAAACAUUGUAGUCUAGUU